CAACAGUAUCAGUAUCAGUAGCAGUAGCAGUCAAAACAAAAGUGCCGAAGUCUGGUUCGCAUCAUAAUACAUAAUCUGUAAUUCUUCUACACUAGGGCUCUUAAAUGAUGCAAUUAGUCAUCUAACGAAAUGCGCUCUCCAGAAGGGCCGUGCUUAGUUUGUUGUGAUUAAUCGCGAAUAAUCAGUGCGCCAGUGAUACAGUGUCGCAGCAAAGUGAUUCGUUUUCUUCCUUAUUUUCCACCCCCAUUCGAAUUACGUUUUUAGUAGUUUUUUACCUUUAAGUAACAAUUAAAAUGUCUCAGCUUUACUUGCUACCGAUUUCGGUGUUUCUACUGUUUAACUUCACCUUCAUCGGAACCUAUAUAGCGGCUGUUCUACAAGGCCAUGUGGUACCCACGGUGCCGUACAUUUCGGACGCCGCUACCUAUUCCCCGGAAAGUUGCGUCUUCGGGCAGCUGAUAAGCAUUGGCUGUGUUCUGCUGGGAAUCACCAUCUACGUUCGCUUCCGACAGAUUCAGGAAAUCGCGCUACGACAUGCCGACGUUCAACGGGUUGUUGAACGUCUGAAUGCCAGAGCCUUUUGGGUCGGAAUGGGGUCCUGUUUGGGUGUCAGUAUGGUGGGAAACUUUCAGGAGACUAAUGUACGAAUAGUGCAUUACAUUGGAGCGUUUUUAGCCUUCGGUUUGGGUACGGUUUACUACUGGAUGCAAGCUUAUGUUAGCUAUCACCUCCAACCGUACAUCGGAUCGAUGGUGAAGGCUCAUAUCCGGCUUGCCAUUGCGGUGCUGUGCACCAUCUUUUUCAUCAUCGUUUCCGUCACCGGAAUCAUUUCACAUAUCCUAUUUGAUGGAACUGAUCCACGCAAGUGGUACCCCUCGGAUGGAGGAUGGGAAUACCACGUGGCCAGCUCUAUCUCGGAGUGGAUCGUUGCAACCGCUUUCUGUUUCUACAUUCUAACCUUCACUGAUGAGUUCCGAGUGAUGCAACUCGAGCAUCCUCCGCUCAUUUUCAUUGAAGUUGAGGGUAGCCAGUAUUACGAACCGGUGAUCAACGAGCCAAUCAGUACCGUCUCGUGAUGUGAUUCCCCAGACCACCAGCCAAACUCAUCGCGACCUAUAUCACCAGCACUUACCAAGCUUCCCCACUGCAGGCUUCCAUCACCACCGACCACCUACAACGUCCGUAAAAUACAACGAUCGCUUAGUCUGCCAAAUCUUAACCUACAGCACCGGCCACGGCCGAGCCAACCUGCGGUACUAUGUGACGGUUUGAACUGCAUCAUCAAUAUCAGAAACUCCUUCCACAGCCGGGGAAUCGAAACUUCCAACAGUGGACUACUCGAUGACCAGCAAGAACUACUAGACGACUUUGACCCGCUUGAUUUGUGCUCUUCCGAGCUGGAACUGUACGAGUUGGUUCGCGACAAGCUGGACCCCCGGAAGAUCGCUUCGCUCUCGAUGUCGCUGAUGCUGGUCGCCAUCUUGGAGGCCCUGCACACGUUGACCGUCUUCUUCAGCGACAACUUCAAUCGGCAUAGUUAUCUGUAGAGCCUCCUACCUCUUUUCUUUCUCUCAAUUUCCUUAAUUCAUUAAUUUGUCGUUGACGAUAUUUAGUUUUUAAACAAGACUGGGAUAACCUAGAGUGUAAUUGUGUUGAAAAAAUGAAUAAAUAAAUAAAUGAGUACAUAUUUA